UUGAACAAAAUAAUCCCUCCAUUUUUCUGAAGGUAUGGGGAAUAAUAUUUCAUUUUUCUCCUCACCAGAACAGCCUUAAGUGCUGCAUUAGAGAAGUUACCUAUGGGAAGGUGGUUAAGCGAUUAGGUAAAGGGAAAGAAAAGACAUCAAAAUAAAGUACUGCGGAGGAAUUUUUGUCAAGCUGUGAGGCGACGCAGUGAGAAGAGUGAAGGCGAUUGAGAGGGGCUCAGGGAAUUGUCCCCUGUGCCAGGGACUUUCUUUAGGCCCCAGGCCCCUGCCUACCCCUGUCGUCAGCAGGUAAUAUAUCUUCUUGUGAGGUGGGAUGAUGCCAAGAGCUUCCAAUGCUGAAUCUUGAGGCUCUUGAAAAGUCCUUUACUUCUAAGGAGACUUUUAGAAAGAAGCCAAUUAAAUGAGUCCUUUUAAGAGAGAUGGAAACCUUGAUGACUGGUUCCACCCUGCCUCCCCUUUUUGCUGAUGAAGAUGGCUCCAAGGAGAGUAAUGAUCUGGCUACAACUGGGAUAACCCACCCAGAGGUUCCAUAUAGUAGUGGAGCCUCAUCAUCCACAAAUAAUCCAGAAUUUGUUGAGGAUCUCUCCCAAGGUCAGUUGCUUCAGAAUGAGUCUUCAAAUACAGCAGAAGGCAAUGAACAGAGGCACGAAGAUGAGCAAAGAAGUAAACGAGGAGGUUGGUCCAAAGGAAGAAAGAGGAAGAAACCUCUUCGAGACAGCAACGCACCUAAAUCCCCCCUUACAGGAUAUGUUCGGUUCAUGAACGAGCGUCGAGAACAGCUUCGAGCAAAAAGACCAGAAGUCCCAUUUCCAGAAAUUACAAGGAUGUUAGGCAAUGAAUGGAGUAAACUUCCUCCGGAGGAAAAACAGCGCUACCUUGAUGAAGCAGACAGAGAUAAGGAGCGUUACAUGAAGGAGCUGGAGCAGUAUCAGAAGACUGAGGCCUACAAGGUUUUCAGUAGGAAAACCCAGGACCGUCAGAAAGGCAAAUCUCAUAGGCAAGAUGCAGCCCGACAGGCCACUCAUGAUCAUGAGAAAGAAGCAGAGGUAAAGGAACGGUCUGUUUUUGACAUCCCUAUAUUUACAGAGGAAUUCCUGAACCACAGCAAAGCUCGGGAGGCAGAGCUCCGUCAGCUUCGAAAAUCCAACAUGGAGUUUGAGGAAAGGAACGCAGCCCUGCAAAAGCACGUGGAGAGCAUGCGCACAGCGGUGGAGAAGCUGGAGGUGGACGUGAUCCAGGAGCGGAGCCGCAACACCGUCUUACAGCAGCACCUGGAGACCCUGCGGCAGGUGUUGACAAGCAGCUUCGCCAGCAUGCCCUUGCCUGGAAGUGGAGAGACACCUACAGUGGACACUAUCGACUCCUAUAUGAACAGACUGCACAGUAUUAUUUUAGCUAAUCCCCAAGACAAUGAAAACUUCAUAGCUACAGUUCGAGAAGUUGUGAACAGGCUUGAUCGUUAGGGAAUGGUCUUAGAGCUCCAAGAUGUUCUGUAAGUGGUUUUACUUGUUUGGAAUGAGAAGCCAUCCAUGGAAAUUUGAAUUGAGUGGAGGCAGAGAGGGAGGUACAGAUUACUCUGCUUGUGAAGGAACUGUCAGUUGAGUUAAAUGCCUUCACCCCAGGAAGCCAUAUGAGGGAGCAACAAAAGGAACAUGUAUGUGAACUUCCUAUGGAAUCGUCUUUGUGAAGCUUUGACCGUGUACAGCCACUCUCCCGAGUCUUCAGUUUCCUAUCAUUUCUAUUUCUGUUGAAGUGGGUCUGCAUAUAUUCUGCUGACCAGGUGCCCCUGAGACUGGCAUCUUCUGCAGCAGAAAGGAAGCCUUCUUAUUGUUCUGCUUCAUUCAGAUUGGACUCUUUCAUCAGUGGCUCUGUGGUUUUAUCAGUGGUUUUCCUACCUAGCUGUCACUUUUUCUUAAUGCUUUUGGGGGUUAUUUUUUUAUUUCCUUCACCCCCACCAAGCUAGACAUCUCCAUUUUCUGACCUCUUGGCUUUGUUGCUCAGCAGGGUUCUGAAGGAGAGUUUCUCUCAUUGGACAGGCCCAGUCUUCUCCCAUCAUUGUCCUGCUGUGACUCCAAAGAAAGGAGCUUCUUGUUGACAGUGUCCUGUGGAGUGAGGCUGUGUUUCGUAUCCCACACAGCGCUCAGGGUGCCAGCCCUCGUGGAGGCUUUGUGGUUGCUGCCCUGAAGGAGAAUGCUCUUUCCUUCCUCCUUGGUACUGCCUGCUGUUUUCUGAGCAUUGCUCGUGCACAUACCCUGCGUCCCAGCCCCAGCAAGGCUCUUCUGUUCCCAUCUGUUGGCAGUGACUUGUGGAAUAUUUUUGCUGAGGAAAAGGUCAUUGGUAAACAGGACAGAACGAGAAAAGUCGUUUCUCAUUUGGUAUUGAAAAAAAUCCUAAAGUUUAUCAUAAGUGAAAACAGAGAGAAUCCCUGUCUGCUUGAGGUGUACCGAUUCAUGGAUACGGAUGGGUGGAAAUGCCAUUCAGAAUAGCCUCCAGCUGAUGGAGAAGGACACGGGGGAAUUCUCAUGUCCUUUGUCUUCCUUCUGUAAUCAUAACUGCAGAGUCUGUGUCAAAAGGACAGGCUUCCCUUCCUUCUCCCUGCUUAAUUAGUAAGUGAUUUUUUUUUUUUUUUUUUUUUAAA